UUCUUUAGUUGGAUUCCUUCUUGUUAAUGAAAAAAAAAAUCCCCCAGUUGCUAAAUAGUUGUGAAUAAGUAGAACAUCAAGUAUGGACUAUAUGUCUCUAUAAAAAGGUAGUUCCUGGCCUCAGAAAAGCAGCUUAAUGAAAUAGAGAUCCAGGUUUAUUUGUUACUGACCGGAGGGAGAGCUAGAAAAACAGAAUUAUGUCUUCUCAGUUAAGGGUGGCAGCUCUUCUCGUGGUAUUAUUAUUCUUGUUGGAGAGGUCGAGUGCUCAGUUGAAUGCAACAUUCUAUUCUAUCUCCUGCCCGAAUGUGUCGAGCAUUGUGCGUGGAGUCAUCCAGCAGGCUUUACAGUCUGAUGCUCGAAACGGUGCUAGCCUCAUUCGACUUCAUUUCCAUGAUUGUUUUGUUAAUGGAUGCGAUGGGUCGAUACUGUUGGACAACAGCGGCAGUAUUCAGAGCGAGAAAGAUGCUGCACCCAAUGCGAACUCAACAAGGGGAUUCGAUGUUGUCGACGACAUCAAGACUGCUUUAGAGAAUUCUUGCCCUGGCGUUGUCUCCUGUGCAGAUAUUCUCGCCCUUGCAGCAGAAGCUUCUGUAUCUUUGGCAGGGGGUCCAUCAUGGAAUGUGCUAUUAGGGAGGAGAGAUAGCACAACAGCCAACCAAGCUGGAGCCAACACCUCCAUUCCAUCGCCUUUCGAAAACUUAACGGAAAUUACAGCUAAGUUUUCAGCUGUGGGCCUCGACACCACUGAUCUUGUCGCUUUAUCUGGUGCCCACACAUUUGGACGUGCUCAAUGUCGGACCUUCAGCAGUCGUCUAUACAACUUCAGCGGCAGCGGUAACCCGGACCCAACACUAAAUUCUUCCUACUUGGCUACACUCCAACAGACCUGUCCUCAAAAUGGGAGUAGCACAACAUUGGCCAAUCUGGAUCCCACAACGCCCGACACUUUCGACAACAACUACUUCUCCAACCUUGAAAACAACCAAGGCCUUCUUCUAUCGGAUCAAGAGUUGCUUUCUACCAGUGGAGCUGCCACCAUCUCCAUUGUUAACAACUUCAGCGCUAACCAGACUGCAUUCUUUCAAAGCUUUGCCCAAUCCAUGAUAAAUAUGGGUAAUAUUAGCCCAUUAACAGGCUCCAGCGGUCAGAUUCGAUCGGAUUGCAAAAAGGUUAAUGGAGGCUAGCUAGCUAGCUUUAUACUUGUUUGGUUUUGGACAAGCUUACUAGGUUAGUUUAUUAAGGUUUUGCUUGGUAUCAUAUUUUGUAAUUUCAUCAGGCUCAAAUGUUUAGAGAGAUAGUUGGCAUUUUAUAUCAAAACACCAUGCUUUGAUAUCAAACUUCUUUGGUUGGUAAUUAGGCUGAUUAAGCAUUGAACAAGUGUAUUGUGUGGUGUUUGAUAUUGGCAUUGCUACCUGGAAUGUUUGAAUGAAAUGUUUGUAUUCAAUUAAUUCAGGUAAGUGGAUUUAUUCA